GCUUGAUCGAGCUGGCUGUCCUCAGUUCAGGCGCUCGGAGAGCUCGCCGUCAUUCUGCGCAAGCGUCGAGGCGGCGGUAGAGGCAGCAGCGCCGAUAAGCGCUCUGUGUUGAAUUGGCUACGCAGCUUGAGUGGCGCAGAGCUGGCGUCUCUUCGCUGCGUGGAGGACGUAGGUUUCGUCAAGACGCUGCUGCACAUGGCUGCGUGUUCCAGAGCUUCAGUAGGAGGUGGUACGUGUGUACAGGAGUUCCAGCUAUUGCCACAUACGCUUAGUGACACUGGUAGCGUCCAGAAUAAGCGCGUAGCAGCCAAGACGCCUCCCAGAUCCGCUGCAAGGGCGUUUGUGAAGCGACCAGUGGUGCGUACGAAAGAUGGAUAUAUAAUGGGAAGUUUUCAUACUCAGGAGUAUGAGGAAGGCAGCAAGAAGGUGCUGAGAGGCAUGAGAGUGCUUAAUACGCUGCAGUCGUGCGAUACGGUGGCUCUAUCGAUGGAGUUUUUAUCCAAGAAGGAAGGAGAUGUUUCUGUUGAGUUUUUACAGUUGAUAGAAGUGAUUUCCAAGGGUGGAUUUUUGAUGGAAUGUCCGGAGGAUGUUACGUUGAAGCAUGAGACAAAGUGGCUUAAGGAGCAAGGACAUUAUUCAUUACAAGCUCUCUGGAGCUCAAUAUUUGGGCAUUUUGGAAGCAGUAUAAGAAAGACGUGA